AUGGCUCGUCAGUGUUCGAGAGUUGACUGGUUGCGGGAGGGGGAUCGCAACACCGAGUUUUUCCAUGCUCGAGCUGCUGCCCGUAAGAGGAUCAACAAAAUCCAGCGUUUGGUCCGUGAUGAUGGGUCCUUUUGUGAUACUCAACCGGAGAUUAAAGGUUUGGUGCAACAAUUCUACGAGAAACUUUUCACAUCUGAACCUUGUGAUGAUGCUGAUGCAGUCCUGGAUGCUAUCCCUCAAAAGAUUUCUCCUGAGAUGAAUGAGGAUUUGAGUAAGCCCUACACCAAUGAGGAAAUCAGGGCUGCUCUAUUCCAGAUGGGUCCUACUAAAGCUCCUGGACCUGAUGGCUUUCCAGCCCUCUUCUAUCAGAAUCAUUGGGACUUCUUGGGAGAGGAGAUUUGUCGAGCUGUGAGAUGCUUUUUGGAUGGAAGUUCAAUUCCGGAGGGUUUUUGUGACUCAGUGAUCGUCCUUAUUCCUAAAGUGACACGACCCAAGCACCUGAAGAAUUUCCGCCCAAUUAGUCUAUGUAAUGUUCUUUACAAGAUAGCCUCGAAGGUCUUGGCCAAUCGUUUGAAGUUAUUGCUCCCUGCUGUCAUCUCUGAGUUUCAAAGUGCAUUCGUGCCUGGAAGAUUGAUCACUGACAACUCUCUUAUUGCUUAUGAAUCUCUUCACACCAUCAGACAUCAACGAGCUAAACAACCCUUCUUUGCCUUGAAGAUUGACAUGACGAAAGCCUAUGACCGUGUUGAGUGGAGUUUUCUUCAUGGUUGUCUCUCCAGACUUGGUUUUAACCCUGCGUGGAUCAAUUCAGUGAUGAGGUGUGUCACCAAUGUCCGCUAUGCUGUAAGGGUUAAUGGUGAGCUUACUGCACCUGUUGUUCCAUCAAGAGGAAUUCGUCAGGGUGAUCCUAUCAGCCCCUAUUUGUUUCUGCUCUGCACCGAAGGACUGUCAAGUCUGUUACUCCAAAAGGAGAGUUGUGGCGAGCUACAUGGCAUUAGGAACGGUCGCUCCGGUCCUCCUAUCUCACAUCUCCUGUUUGCCGAUGACAGUAUCUUCUUUGCAAGAUCUGAUGCUCGUAGCGUGGCUGCUUUGAAGACUACUCUGGACCUAUAUUGCUCUGGUUCUGGUCAGUUAAUUAACAAGGAUAAGUCCUCUUUACUCUUUGGUCAUGGCUGUUCGGAGACUGUUAAGCAAAGAGUGAAGGCGAGUCUUGGGAUAUCUAAUGAAGCCUUCAAUGACACAUACCUUGGUAUGCCUACCGAGGUUGGUAAAUCCCCUACUAGUAUCUUCAAGUUCUUGCCAGAUAGAGCUUGGCGAUGUGUUCAUGGAUGGUCUGAUCGACCGGUCUCGAGAGCAGGGAAAGAAACAGUACUGAAAUCUAUCAUUCAGGCGAUCCCUACUUUCAUCAUGAGCUGCUUUGAACUUCCUAAGGCUAUCUGCAGAAUGUUCAGACAAAUUAUUGCAGAUGAGUGGUGGGGCAGAGAGGAAGGGAAAAAGAAGAUACACUGGAGAUCAUGGGACUGGCUCUCAACGCCCAAGUCGUUUGGCGGGAUGGGUUUUCGGGAUAUGCACAUCUUCAAUUUGGCAAUGCUGGGCAAACAAGGGUGGCGACUACUUACUGUUCCGGACUCCUUGUGUGCUCGUGUCUUAAAAGGCCGGUAUUUCCCUCACACGGAUUUCUGGAAUGCACCGGCCCCGCGUUCGGCUUCUGCCACUUGGUGCAGCAUUCUUGCUAGCCGUGACCUGCUCAAGAAGGGAGUUCAAUGGGGAAUUGGGGACGACUGCCAGGUUCACAUUAUUUCUGACCACUGGAUCCCAUCAUCUCCACCUUGUGUUCUUCAGCCGCUCUCUCCUAUUCCUGUUAAUGCUAAAGUUAAGUGCCUUAUGGAUGAGGAAAGCGGGUCCUGGAAUGAAGCAACGGUGCGUGCCUUCUUUCGGAACGACGUCGCAUGCGAGAUUCUUCGGAUCCCUAUCUACAAGCAUGGUGAGGAUUUUGUUCGAUGGCCAUUCACAAGAUUCGGAGAAUACACGGUGCGAUCAGCCUACAAUUUGGCUCGGUCUGCACUCUUCCUGGAGUCUCAUAGUAACAAAGGAAUGGGUUUGAGUUCCAAUUUUUCUUCCCAGGAAAAGGAUUGGAGAUUGUUAUGGUCUAUCAAAGCACCGGGCAAGAUGAAAGUCGUCUUAUGGCGCUUUGCGCAGGAUUGUUUACCAUCGGGGGAACAACUUAAACGCCGCCAGGUACCCAACUCUGAACACUGCUGCUUUUGUGCUCGGUCUGAAUCUGUUGAGCAUGCUCUGCUGUUUUGCCCACAUGCCAGGGACGUGUGGGAUAUCGUCAAAGAGGAAUAUAAUUUCAGCCUGCACCAUGGCACUUUUCUGUCUCCAAGGCAAUGGAUUUUUGACUUCUUGGCAAGGUCGUCUGAUCAGGUGCGUACUGUCCUGGUUGUGACCCUCUGGCAUAUUUGGGAGGCUCGAAAUUUUACGAGAAACAAUCCGGAGGCUCCCCAUCCACGACGUACUGCUGCGAAGAUCAAGGCUUAUGUCGCCCUUAUCCUGCAGCAUCUUUUCCUUCCAGUAUCUGAACACAGGCGUGAAACCAAUGCGUCCAGCUCCAACUGGUCUCCGCCGCCGUCAGGUACCAUUAUGUUCUACUCAGACGCUGCAACUUUCUCAAGCCUGGAUAAAUCCGGCAUUGGGGUCAUCGGCAGGGUUGACGGAGGUCAAUUCAUGGUGGCCUGUAGCGAGCCUAUUGCGGGUAGCUUGGAACCUGAAAUGGCUGAGGCCAUGGCUCUUCGACGCGCUGUUCUUUUGGCGCAUGAUGAACAAGUAUCAGAUGUUAUCUUCGCCGCUGACUGUCUCUCACUUGUCCAAAGGAUCAACUCGCCUAUGAGGGACCGUUCUUCAAUUGGAGUGGUGGUGGCUGAUAUCAAGUCUUUGUCUGAAGGAUCGACGCUCGGCAAACCGUACCUCCUCGAGGGCGGCCCCAACGCAGGGCAGCCGUUUAAAAUGAAAGGGGACCGGGAGCGCUGCGGAAACCUCACAGUCUUCCAAGAGGUCCUUAAAGAGAAGAACACUACGCUAGCCCAGGAGCUGAAAACAAACCAAAUGCAGCUAAAUGUUGUCACCGCCGAACUGGCGGAAAUGAAAAAGACCGCAAUGAGCGCAUCCGGGAAGAAAAAACACGAGGAGGAAAAAGACAAACAAUCCAAAGAGAUAGAGAGCUUAAGGGCUCAGUUAUCGGCCGCGCAGAAAGAAAACGAGAAGCUGAAGGGCGGCAUAUUUGCUCAUCGCGGCAUCCUGUGCUUAGAAGGGGAGGCGUUCGGCGCGUCGGGCCGCCACAGGGGCAUCUCCGGUGAGAGGGGCUCCCGCGCCGGGCAGGCCUUCGAAGAGGAAGGCAAACAGAGACACGGUCGGGCCUUCCUUGAAGAGAAAAAAGGUUCGGCAGACUAUGUCCGGGACCCGGCCAGUCGUGCUUCUAAUAACCAAGAUUCGGUCCCGGCCGAAGAGAAGGGGCCCAAUAUGGGAGUGGCGCCGGACUAUCCUUCUGUCGAGGGUUCAAAAAAUAUGUCCGUCACCAAUUCGAAGGUGGAGAGCGCCAUGGAUCACCGGCGCCGGAAGGCCGUUUUACGAAAUCCUCGCUUCUCACAAGAGGCAUUCGGUGCCUUCGGCUCAGCUGAUGCAUACAUCCGAGCUGCUCGAGAUGGGCUUAACAGAGCCACCGAGCAACAUUUGAGAGCUGUGCAGUUCAAGAAGGCGUCCUCUGGUUCAUCGGACCAACUAGAAGAGGAACUGAAGGUUGCACAGACAAGCGAAAGCGAGGCGAAGAGACAACGCACCGCGGGCGAGCGCAUCCUGACCAAAGUCAGACAGGAGAAAAACAAACUCCAAGAUUCAAACACCAAACUGGGUGAAGAACUGAAGGAUGUACAAGCCCAGCUAGCCGACUCCAUGAAGGAGAACAAAAAACUGCGAGGCGACAUAUUCAGUAUGUUGCCGUAUUUACCUUAUAACAGUUUGGAAGUAAAAGUAGCUGAUAUAGCUGUGAUUGCAGCUGGAUUGUAA